GAUUAUGUGGUAAGGACUACACCGAACAACCGCCAACUUCCAAUUUGGUCAAUUUUUUUCUUCACAACAUAGAAAUGAAAACUGAUGAAAAGCUUCCUUUCCUUCCUGUCGUUUCAGAUUUUCAGUAAAAUGAUAACCCAUUUGCAUUUGCUAUGAACCACCAAUAAAUGGUAAAAAAACCAUUCAUCAAUGACAAUAAUUUCCACUGAGUUUCUGCCUCACAGCCUUCCCUUUGCCUCCCAUCUAAAACCCAUUUCGAACUUGCAUCCCAACACUACUGCUGUGAGCUGCAGAAUCCAUGGCCUCAAUGAGACUAUCAAGUCCAGGAACCAGCGGAAAGCAAAGGUUUCUGCUGAUACAAGAUCGACCCAGUUCCAAACUAACGAUUUCAAAGAAACCCAUUUGAUGAAGGUUCUCAACAGAUCCUGCAAAGCAGGUAAAUACAACGAGGCACUCUACUUUCUUGAGCUUUUGGUGAACAAAGGUUAUAAACCUGAUGUUAUUCUCUGUACAAAGAUAAUUAGAGGCUUCUUUAGUUCAAGAAACAUUGAAAAAGCAAUUCGGGUUAUGGAAAUUUUGGAAAAAUAUGGUGAGCCUGAUUUGUUUGCUUAUAAUGCAUUGAUUAGUGGGUUUUCUAAAGCGAAUAGGAUAGAAUUGGCAAACAAAGUGCUUGAUAGAAUGAGAAGUCAGGGUUUCUCUCCUGAUAUCAUUACCUAUAAUAUAAUGAUUGGGAGUCUUUGUAGUAGGGGAAAGCUUGAGUCAGCUUUGAAGGUUAUGGAUAAGUUACUGAAAGAUAAUUGCAAGCCAACUGUGAUUACUUACACAAUCUUGAUAGAAGCAACUAUUAGUGAACGUGGAAUUGACGAAGCUAUGAAGCUUUUGGAAGAGAUGUUAUCAAGAGGGCUUUUACCUGACAUGUUUACUUACAAUGCAAUUAUGAGGGGAAUGUGCAGGGAAGGUAUGGUGGAUAGAGCUUUUGAUUUUGUUAGGAGCUUAGAUGCUAAGGGUUGUGGACCUGAUGUGAUCUCUUACAACAUUUUGUUGAGGGCUCUUUUGAACCGCGGGAAAUGGGAUGAAGGAGAGAAGCUGCUGAGCGAUAUGGUUUCAAGAGGUUGCGAGCCAAAUGUUGUAACUUACAGUAUUUUGAUUAGUAGCCUCUGUAAUGAAGGCAAAGUCGAAGAUGCAGUGAAUGUGUUGAAGGCUAUGAAAGAAAAGGGAUUAACCCCAGAUGCUUAUAGUUAUGAUCCACUGAUUUCUGCAUUCUGCAAAGAGGGUAGAUUAGAUUUGGCAAUAGAAUUCAUGGAUUAUAUGAUUUCUGAUGGUAGCUUGCCAGAUAUUGUGAACUACAACACAAUCUUGGCAGCUUUGUGUAAGAGAGGAAACGCUGAUCGUGCUCUGCAAAUCUUUCAGAACCUAGAUGUUGUCGGAUGUCCUCCAAAUGUGAGUUCCUAUAAUACAAUGUUCAGUGCACUAUGGGGUUGUGGAGACAGAAUUAGAGCUUUGGAGAUGAUAUCAGAAAUGGUUAGCAAAGGCAUUGACCCAGAUGAGAUUACUUAUAAUUCUCUUAUAUCAUGUUUGUGCAGAGAUGGAAUGGUAAAUGAGGCUAUUGGGUUGUUGGUGGAUAUGGAAAGCGGUGGAUUCCCACCUUCGGUUAUCAGCUAUAAUAUUCUUCUUCUUGGAUUGUGUAAAGCACGAAGGAUUGAUGAUGCCAUUGAAGUGCUAGCAGCAAUGGUUGAAAAGGGAUGCCUACCAAAUGAAACUACUUUCAUCUUAUUGAUUGAAGGAAUUGGCUUUGCAGGGUGGCGAGCUGAAGCUAUGGAGCUCGCUAGCUCCCUUUUUGGUUUAAAAGCAAUUUCUGAAGAUUCAUUCAAACGUUUGAACAAGACCUUUCCUAUGCUUGAUGUGUACAAAGAGCUUACUUUAUCCGAAAUCAAAAACUAAAUCAUAAUGGUAUACCUUUUUAUGACCGUUUUGAUUUAGUUUUUGUUUCAUUUUGUGGGAUGAUCUUUCUUGGGUUAUUAUUUCUCUGUUUCAACUUUCAACAUUCCAAGACAGACAAUUUUUAUCGUUAAACAGCUACCGUGAAGAGUGCUGAUAUCUGGUCCAGGCUAAUUUGUAGUCUCAGAAUGUUCUAGCAGGUCAAAUGGAAAGUUGCACAUUGUGAAGCUUAUGAACAAUGAAAUUCAGAGGCUUGCAGGUGGGACAAUAAGGAGGUUGGAGAAGAGUGUUAUGCCAUGUGGUACAGCAGAAAAUUGUACAAAAUUUACAAUUAUAAAAUUUGUUUCCCAUUUGCGGUGAGAAUAUUUUUUACUCUUUUAAUACUUUCGGGGAUAUUGAAUGGGAACAAAAUCAUACGUUACAGUUUUCUUUUGCGUCCCAGUUUUUUGCUGCUUUUGUUUCACCACGUGUAUGCUUUUUUACUAAACAUGAACUUACGAAUGAAUAUAAUUUUCUUUUCCUUC